GGGUAGGACUUCCUUGCUGUUGCUAAGACACUCUUGUUUUGCUUCUUGACAACCCUGGCGGGGGCGAGCUAGCAGCGGUCCGGGCUCCAGCCCCCGCGGGAGCAGCACCCUGUGGGGAGAGAGAUUUUCUGUUCCCGCCAAGCUGGCAGGGCCUGCUUCCUGAAGCGCCCGCCCGUGUCUUCCUCGCCAGCCCCGGCAGCCCCGGGAAGCCCGCCGUCUCCUCCGCGGCCACAGUGGAGGGAUCAUGGGCGAGGUGGAGGGGAAGAAGGACGAGGCUGACUAUAAGCGACUGCAGACCUUCCCUCUGGUCAGGCACUCGGACAUGCCGGAGGAGAUGCGGGUGGAGACCAUGGAGCUGUGUGUCACGGCCUGUGAGAAAUUCUCCAACAACAACGAGAGCGCCGCCAAGAUGAUCAAGGAGACCAUGGACAAGAAGUUCGGCUCCUCCUGGCACGUGGUGAUCGGCGAAGGCUUCGGCUUCGAGAUCACGCACGAGGUGAAGAACCUCCUCUACCUGUACUUCGGGGGCACCCUGGCCGUGUGCGUCUGGAAGUGCUCCUGACACCGCCCCGCCCCCCGGCCCCCGGCCCCCGCCCCCGCCCGCAGGGCCUGUCCCUGCCCCUUGUCGUCGUCAUCAUCGGGCUGGGGGCAGCCCCAAGCAGGCCCUCGGCUCCCGAAGGAGGAGAGCUUGGGGUCUUCCUUUCAUCCCGUGUGCCCGUGUCCUGAGCCGUGCCUGGCGUGUGAACUUGCUGAUGCCUCUCCCCCAGGCUCCCUGCCACCCCCUCCGAGUCCAGGGUGCACGGGGUGGCGGGCAGUGGUCUCCGUGC